AUGUCAAGCCUGCAUGGUGCUUGUCAAUCCACGCCGGAUAACGGUCGCGCGGAGUCAUUGCAUGCCUUGAAGCGGUCACAUGUCCUCCAAGUCCGGCGCGCUCAGCAUACUCACGCGAUCCUGACCGAACUUGCGGAGCUCGUGGGCGCGCAUGCGCCCAUAACGUCGAUAGCGUCGACCGAGAGCAGACUUGAAAAGACGCUCACCCUGCCCGACAAGCGCGAGGUCAACAAGCGUGGCGCGUUCAUUGCGUCAGGUUGA